AUUUUAUUGCAUACCACAAAAAUGUCUACCACGGUUAAACCUUAUGCUCAACCAGCUGGUAAAGUGUUUGCUGACAGCAACACAAGACAAAAGGAGGUCCGGUCUAAUAAUAUAGCUGCAGCAAAAUCUGUUGCAGAAGCAAUAAGAACAAGUUUAGGGCCGAAAGGAAUGGACAAAAUGAUUAUAAACUCCAACAAUGAAGUUAUCAUUAGUAAUGAUGGUGCUACGAUUUUAAAACAAAUGGAGGUCGUCCAUCCUAUUGCUAAAAUGUUAGUAGAGCUUUCUCUUUCUCAGGAUAUUGAAGCAGGUGAUGGAACCACCACAGUUACCGUUUUAGCCGGCUCUAUCCUCAAUCAAUGCCAAUGUCUUCUGAAUAGAAACUUUCAUCCUCAAAUUAUUGCGGAUGGCAUUGAGAAAGCCGCAUCUCUAGCUAUCGAUUGCUUGAAGUCUAUUUCUAAGCCUGUUUUGCUCUUGGACCGCGAGGCCCUUAUUAAAAAUGCAAAAACCUCUCUUAGCUCAAAGAUCGUGUCACAAUAUUCCUCUUUACUUGCCCCUCUUGCUGUAGAUGCCAUUUAUAAGGUAAUUGACCCAAAUACUGCAACUAAUGUCGAUCUUAAUGACAUUAGAAUUGUUAAGAAGCCUGGGGGCACUAUUGAUGACACUGAACUUGUAGAUGGUUUUGUUUUUGAUCAUGCCUGUUCCCAUGCAGCUGGAGGUCCAACCCACGUAGAAAAUGCAAAAAUUGGUCUCAUUCAAUUUCAAUUGUCAGCUCCUAAAACCAAUAUUGAAAAUCAAAUUGUUAUCAACCAAUAUGCUCAAAUAGAUAGAGUAUUACGUGAAGAAAGAAAAUAUAUACUAGACAUGUGUAAGCGAAUCAAAAGCACCGGCUGCAAUGUUCUUCUUAUUCAGAAGAGUAUUUUAAGAGAUGCCGUUAGUGAUUUAUCUUUACAAUAUUUAGCCAAGAUGAAUAUUUUGGUCGUUAAAGAUGUUGAGAGAAGUGAUAUUGAAUUCAUAUCAAAAACAGUUGGUGCAAUUCCUAUAGCUUCAAGCAAGGCUUUUGUUGCUGCUAAGUUAGGCACAGCUGAUUUAGUUGAAGAGGUUCAUACUUCUGAUGGAAAUGUUGUUAAGAUCACGGGAGUCCCAAAUGCUGGUAAAACUGUAUCUAUUUUAGUCCGUGGUGGCAAUAAACUAGUUAUUGAUGAGGUAGAACGUUCUCUUCAUGAUGCUCUUUGUGUCGUUCGAUCUGUUGUCAAAUCUAAGCACCUAAUCGUAGGAGGUGGUGCACCAGAGAUAGAAAUGGCAAUUCAACUCGAGAAGCGUGCAGAAAUUUCAACUGGUGUUGAACCUUAUUGUUUCCGAGCAUUUGCUGAAGCGUUAGAAACAAUCCCUUAUACACUAGCGGAAAAUGCAGGCUUGAAUCCAAUUGCUAUUGUUACGGAACUACGUAAUCGUCAUGCACUUGGUGAAACAAAUACCGGAAUCAAUAUUCGAAAAGGUGCCAUUACAGAUAUGGAAAGUGAAAACGUUGUUCAGCCCCUCAUUGUGACUACGAGUGCAAUUAAAUUAGCCACAGAGACUGCAUGCAUGAUAUUGAGAUUAGAUGAUAUGAUCGAAUGCAGAUAACAACAAUGCAGCCAGCAGAGGUUUUAUAGUUUCAAUUUGGAUCUAUAAUAAAACGAGUAUUUUAAAUUUUAUCUAAAACAAA